UUAGUGUAGUAAUCGGAGAUCGAUCUUUGAAAGGUUCAUUCUAUUUACUAAAAAUGUUAAUGGCUUUUGCUUUUAAAACAGUGUAUUGUUUUUAAUUAGUUGUUGCAACUUAUAUAAUGUUUUUAAUUUCGAUAUUAUAAGUGACAAUCAAUCAUGAGUGGUGACAUUCAUCACAGAACCUUCAACAGUGUUAGUGAUGGUGUCAGUGACAAGCCUACUUCAGAAGAAACGCUUAUGAUAAUAAACGAACAGUGUCAGCAAAUAGAAGAACUCAAAAAUAAACUGGAUACAGUUAUGACUGAAAGAGAUCUCUUACUUUGUGAAGUUAGCCGUUUAAAAUUUGAGUUAGAGAUUGCAGAUCUCAAGAGGAUACAUGAUGACAGGCUAGGGAUGGGAAAAGACAGAAAUGCUCAAGGGUUUGUCACAUGCGGCAUGAAUGGCACCAUUGGAAAAGAUGGGGAGGAAGCUAGACCUGACACUGUGUUCCCUUGUCAUGCCUGGUCACAGGGCCUCACAAAGAAAGGAUCUAUCCGCAGCAGUAGUGACAUCAUCAAACGCUCUCGCAUUCAAAACGUAUACGAGUUGUCACAAGACCUGCUGGACAAACAGAUAGAGAUGCUGGAGAGGAAGUAUGGAGGGGUGAAGGCAAGGAAUGCAGCACUCACGAUACAGCGAGCCUUCCGGCGUUACACUUUGCUCAAGAAGUUUGCCGCAAUCACAGCGAUGGCCAAGGCGGAGAAGCGCCUCAGCAGGCGGCUGGUGGGUUUUACUGAGGAGACUGGUGACAAACACUCACACCGGUUACAAUUGGACGGUUACAAUGGUCCGGCGUCGAUGCCACUGCGGUCCAUGUCGAUGCGGGAACGGCGUCACACCGCCGUGACUCCCACGCCGACCCUGACUGUCAUGCCGCGCUCUCACUCCGGCCGCUGUGACCUCAACUACUGCUGUGACGUUCCUCACGCUCACACACUUUAUUAUGCCCCCCAAGACAUCUAUAUGGAAAUAUCAAAGGAGAAUGAGAUGGGAAGAGGGGACAUGAUGGUGACUUCCACCCCCUCGCCAGGUUCGGAGAACAAUUACCAUCCAAUGCCUCAGAAAUACCAUGGUGGAAGUGGGAGUGGGGGCAGGCGGAUACCACCAGAAGUACCGAAGCGGACAUCGUCUAUAUCUCUGCGCUCUCUGGAUCAUCCGAGCCCUGCGGCACUCACCAAGACCUCGGACAGUGGCAGCUUGUCCAGUGUACAGUCGAGCGGCAGUGACUCGAGCAAUGUAGCGCUCAUUCCUCCUCCCAAUACCACCUGGAACAAGAAAACACAGUCAGGGUCUCCUGAACACCACCAGACCAUGAAAGAGCCAACCAUGAGUAUGACCCAGGGUUUCCCUCAUGAUCAGCACAAUUUCUACAAGGUUUCAGAGAUGGUUCGUAAGCGUCAGUAUCGAGUUGGCCUCAACUUAUUCAACAAGAAGCCAGAAAGAGGCAUUGCGUACCUGGUGCGACAAGGAUUUCUGGAGAACUCCCCCCAGGGUGUGGCCCGCUUCCUUAUCUCCAGGAAAGGACUGAGCAAGCAGAUGAUUGGGGAAUACCUGGGAAACCUGCAAAACUCGUUUAAUAGUGCCGUUUUGGAGUGUUUCUCUCAGGAAUUAGACUUGUCAGGCAUGCAGGUAGAUGUGGCUCUGCGCAAGUUCCAGACAUAUUUCCGUAUGCCUGGUGAGGCACAGAAGAUCGAGCGUCUGAUGGAAGUGUUCAGUCACCGUUACUGUCACUGUAACCGUGACGUAGUGGCGCGGCUACGUAACAUGGACACCAUCUUUGUGCUGGCAUUUGCCAUCAUCAUGCUGAACACUGACCUUCACACCCCGAAUCUCAAGCCAGAGAGGCGGAUGAAGCUGGAGGAUUUCAUAAAGAAUCUCAGAGGUAUCGACGACUGUGGGGACAUAGAUCGGGACAUGUUGGUGGGCAUCUAUGAGCGAGUGAAGGCCAACGAGUUCAAGCCUGGCUCCGACCAUGUCACCCAAGUGCUCAAGGUCCAAUCCACCAUAGUCGGCAAGAAGCCAAACAUGGCGUUGCCCCAUCGCCGCCUCGUCUGCUACUGCCGGCUCUACGAGGUGCCAGACAUCAACAAGAAGGAACGACCUGGUGUCCACCAGCGGGAGGUCUUCCUGUUCAACGAUCUGUUAGUCAUCACCAAAAUCCUCAGCAAAAAGAAGAGUUCUGUCACUUACACCUUCAGGCAGAGUUUCUCUCUCAAGGGUUUGGUUGUGUCUCUUUUCCAGGUGCCAUAUUACUCGUAUGGGAUCAAGUUGUCCCAGCGAGUGGACAGCCGUACACUGAUCACGUUCAACGCACGCAAUGAUCACGACCGCUGUAAGUUCGCAGAAGACAUGCGCGAGUCUAUCAGCGAGAUGGAUGAAAUGGAAAGCUUGCGGAUAGAAGCUGAACUAGAGCGCCAGAAGAGUGGCAGGAGCGGCAGGUCCGGAGGAGUGGAAAACCGAGACAGUGGAGUGGCGGACGUGGAGGUCUGCCCUUGCAUCCAGUCCCCCAUCAACAACAACCCACCCGCCCCAGAGACCAAGCCCACCAUCGUAGAGAUGAUACACUCCACACAACUAAAACGCUCAGCUCUUAGCAAUUCCUUACUUGACAUUCACGACCAAUUUGUAGGAGAGAAGGCGAGUUGUCAGCGUCGUGGGAGUGUGGGUUCUCUGGACUCCGGGAUGUCUAUCAGCUUCCAGUCCACGUCCGCCAGCACAGUCAGUCGGGAUUCCUCGCCCCGUCAGCCCAAGCAUCAACAGAGCUUCCUCGGCGGACUGUUCGCCAAGCGCGAACGCAAGGCUUCUCGAGCCGAGGAGUUCGCUCGCGCCACGCAAGUCUAACAUUCAGAGAAGAGGGGUUCCGUCUCCUCCUUGGCUGUCCAGUUCUUUAGGAGAAAAAGUUCCACGAUACAGACAGAUUUCCAGACUAAAUAAUAUUUUGCUCACCGUUGGGUCUUCUAUUUUUUAUAAUAAAAUUUUUUUAAUGUAGCUUAUCUAAACGAAUUACUGUUAAAGAUUUAACAGACUCUCUCUCUGUUGUAAUUUAGAUCUAAUUUGCUCUAUUUGUCGUCAGCCGAUUCUAAAAACCUUUUUUGUAGAAAUAUGUAAAGUUUUACUAAUAGUUCUCAUAUGAAACAUAAUCUCUGACGGUUUAUAGUCUAAGAAUGAAUAUUUUGUGUUCUUUGAAUUGAGCCUCGACCUUAACAUUUGUCUAUGAUCCAGAUUUGUUAGUAUUCCGUACCAUUAAGAUGUAGGAAUCAUUUUUAUUAAGACUGAUACCUGUAAAGAUAGAUUGGAACUUUUGCUUUAGCGGCUGUAAACGUGAACAACUAGUGCUGUAGUUGUCUUUACAAGUGCCAACUAUGAGCUUGGAAAGUAUUACCUUAUAUGAAAGAUUUAGUCUUAUUUAUUGCUACCGAUGAGAAGUAGUAGAUGGCAGGAAAUUAUAUUUUUGAUGGUCCUCUUAUUGAAAGAAUAAGUCACUUUCACGUUCCCGUCCUUUAUCUAUGUAUCCAUUAAGAACGAAUUCUCAGCUCUUACAAGUAGAUUUGUUUACGUAUCUUUCAACAUUGUCAACCGGAUUAUUAAUUGUUGUUUUAAAGAUGUUAGAUCUUUUGAUUGAUAUUAAAAUUUAGAUCUCCGAACUAUUUCAUUAGCACUGUUGUUCUGUGUGUUUUAAUGAUUAGGUAUUUCUGUGUUUACUUAUAUUUGAUCGUCUUUUAACCCGUAAGAGGUCAAUAAUAUUUGGUAUUGCCCAGUACCUAUAUUAAUUCUGUAAUUUUAAAUUGAAAUGUUUGUAAUGAUCUGUAAUUAUUUAGCUUUACAUAUUACAUAUGCUUUUGUUCUACUAAAUGUAGUUCUUAGUAGAUGCACUUUUGAAUCAACCAGUAAAACCGAUCAAACCAGUCAAAGGAAUUGUCAGUGUAUUACAUCUACAACAAAGCACUUGAAUGUAAAAUGCCUGAGGUAUCAUCUGUGUAUUAGGAUUUUCCAAUUGUAUUUCAUUGUAUUACAUUUUUCAAUUUGAGCUAUUUAUUCUACUUGAUCUCAAUAGAUCUAGAAGGUCACAGAGUACAAGAUGAACACUGCAGUGUAGUUUUUUUUUAUAAAUUUUGGAAAGAAUAUUUCAGUGCAAUUUUUAACCAAAUCAUUUUUUUAAAACUUUUUUUGUAUACUUAUUAUAUUUCUGGUUGUAUUAUCUUUUGAAUCACACAUUAUUGUUCUUGAGGUUACUUGUUGCACAUAUCUGUAACUGUGGGCGAAUACAGGGUUUGGGUUUUUCCAGUUUUAAAUAUCUGCCCUAGGAACAGACUUUCGACACCAGUUGUCAUACUUAUUACAGGGCAACUGAGAACUGGAAAUUGCCUGGCCCUCAUGUAUUACAAUGUUCAUUUAUUAUUAUUUUUUUUAUUUAGGUAGGAGAAACAGAAACUAAUGGUUCAUGACAUUUACAUUAGAAUAUUCAUUUUGAAUUUAUCUUCUGUAGAAUAAACAGCAAAAUUAAUGAAAUAUCCUUGUUUAGUUUUUAUUAUUUUUAUUUUCUAUGUUUUUGGGUAUUUUCCAGAAAUUUGAUUUCCAUUUGUUUUUUUUUUAUUUUUUUUAUUUUUUUUUUAAUUGUAGGAAUGAGAAGGCAAAUCAUCAGUAGGGGUUUGAAUUUUUUCUAUUAAAUACAUAUAUCAGCAGUUAUAGUAUUUAUUAGUAACAUUAUUUUAAUAGUUAAAGUGUUCUACACUUACAAAUCUGAUUUAAGUACCUGGGAUAAAUGGACGCAAUGCUAACACCACAAAACUAGAUCGCAAGGAGUGUAAGUUUUUAUUGUAUUAAUUCAUAUUCACUGUUCUUAGCGUUACAUCUUACCCUUUUACUCAUUUCUAUAUGAAACUUGAUCAAAAUGCCAUAUUAAAAUUCAAUAAUUGUUAAAUGUAUACAUUACAACAUGUGUACAAUCAUAAAGAAAAUCUGAAUCAAAUUUACUUAUGAUACAUAAGGCAUUUUACACUUUAGGUUUAUUCAAACAUCGAUUAAUGUUUUUAGCUAUAAAUUUUUAAACUCUGCUUUUCAUCAUAAGUCCUGAAGUUGUUUUAUUUGAUGAAAUAUGUUGGUAUUUAUUAAUAAAACAUCAAUGCUGUGUUAUAUUUUCUGAAAAUUAAUUGAUUUAUACUGAAAUACCUGUUAAAGUUCCAAUUGAGAAAAGUUUGCAGCUAAAUAAACAAAUGUUUAAAACGGCAAGGUUUAUUUGGGUACCUAAAGCAUUAUUUUGCUUAUUUGUGAAAUCUAUCAUAUGUUCUCAUUACAAUCGUUGUGGUCAUUAUUGUCUUUGUUUUAAAAUGUAUUUUUAUUAAUAGAGGAUUGGGUGAUAAAAUAAGAUAACUCAGUGGUAACUAACAUAAUAACAAAUAAUGUCUGAGUCUAGUUAUCCAGUAAAAUUGUGUUUAAAUGCAACUUUAAUGCCUACAUUUAAUACAAUGAAUAUAAACAAUUAGGUGGCUAGGGUGGAUUCCCAAUGAUGUGGUAAUGUGUUCAGCAAAUGUGGAAGCUCAACCAUGAGUCCAUAGAAUCAUGGUAAUGUCAGCUUUGUAUUGUUUCCAGGGAAAUGAUUACUUCGAUGGAUGUUGAAAGAGUACAUUUUAAUCGUUUCUUGCGUGGGCCUGUUUACUGUUUAAGAGUAUUACAACAAAAAUCGUGGGAAAGACAUUCCACUGAUAUGGAAACCAAUUAUCUGAAACAAAUUCUUGUGGCAGGAAAAUGUUCAGAAUUAUUCCUACGCCUCCUAAAUAAAGCAAACCGUAUAUUAUUAUUGGUUUUGAAUUAAAUCCAACAUUUUCAUAUAGAUACAUAUAAACUUUAAACUGCAAUGAUGUAGUAUUUUAGUUAACAACUUGCAAAGAAAUGGAAUUGAUCUCAAGGAAAAUCAAAAAUAAAUAUAAAAUAGUCUAUUAAUUUGAAUUGAACAGGGACUUAAUUAUUUAAUGAGAAAUUAUGCAUGCGUAAAUUAACUUUUGUAUACUCUAUUGUUCAAAUGGUAGUAAAACACUUUAUAUUUAGUUAUGGGUGUACGCCAAAACUUUGAAAUGCACGGAUUUAAUUUAGUUAAGCUAGGAGUAAUUUCCUACAGAAUGUUUGUAGUGGUAUGUAGUUUAGUUGUUGAUAUUUUAUACAAGAAUUUAUUUUUAUUAUCUUUAGUGUUUACUUACUAUUUAGCCUGUGCUGCUUUGUUUGUUAUUUAGGUACCGUUCUUUACACACUUUCACUUAAAAAAAGUGGUUUCUAUCAUGAUUUUCAAGUAACCGUAUUAUUUAUUUACAGUAGUAAACGUGUAAAGUCAAUUAUUAUUAGUACGGAUAAAAGUGUAUCUAGAAUAAAAUGUUUUCACAAACUUUUAAGACAAUAUUAACAAAAGGCUGAUAUUCACUGAUUGUCAGUCAAUUUUUGGCACCUUACCUUACUUUUUUCUUUUGAACUUUUUCUUCUGGUAGUGAAAAUAAUUUACCAGCACUAAUUUUGUUUGUAGAUUGUGUGGGGGAAAAGUAGUAUUAUUUUAUAGUAUAAAAUCCCUCAGUCAUGUAAAUUAAAAAUAGAAUGAUACCCGCAAAAUAAUCAAAAUAAUUUUUAUCUAGGUUAGACGUUUAGAUGUCAAAGUCAGAAAUAUAUUAAUCUUUUCUAAGUUCAAGCGCGAACAGUAUAGUAACAUUCAUUAACACUUUUAGACUAAAUUGUUAGAAUAUAAAAUAAUUGUGACUGGCAGCUAUGUGAUUUUGAUAUUGGAUUGUGUUUUCUGAAGCCAUAUUCAAAUUAUUUUGUUAUUCUCAUUAUAAUCUUAAGUGAGGCUAACAAUGUUGAAUCUGUAGUUUUAAAAUAAUUGUAAGAUUUUGUCCUGUGUAUUCUGUAUUUGAGUGAUCAUAUUUGUAAAAUUUAUUUUGGAGGGAACUGUAACUCAAAAAUACAUUCACAAUAUUACAUUUAAAAUAAGAUGAGAAUGAAAUUAUUUCCAAAGAAAUUACUUAGUCAAAUUUACGAGCACACCAUGACAUCCUUAAUUACUUUGUUUUGGGUAGAUCGUCAAGCUACCAGUUUUGGAUUCUUUCAAGCUACUAGUUCUGCUUGAAAGAAUCAAAGUUGAUUAUUAACUUGUGCACUUUCCGUACAAGUGUACGUUUUGUAUUUUUAUAUACCAUUUAAUCGUUUGUGUACAUACAACGUUUAUUAAUUCUAACAAAGUAUUCCUUAAUGUGACGUUUGUAUUGUGUUGUAUAUUAUAGAGUAACUUGCAGGUAGCUCAGUACACUUAAGCGUACAAGGUUACGUUCGUUUGAGUCCCGAGGUAGCAUCACUUGUACAAUCAUCAUUAUUUUGUCACUGGUGGUUUUUCUAUACAGAUUACAAUCACCAAAGAAAUAACUCUACGAAAGGAUUGUACUUCAAAUUGUAUUUCCUUGCAUUGAAAAUGCCUUGGGAAUAAUUGUGUUCAGGAAUUAGCUUUUUUAAUCUAUUAUAGUGUGUGGCACUACAAAAACAUUGAGUACAUUGUACAGAUGAGGGAGUGUGAUGUGGGGAGAUGACUCUAAACCAAAGGUCAAGUCUAUUAACAUUAAGCUAGUCGCCUAGCCGGCCUCGCCCUCAACCAUGUAACAUACUCUGUUGUUAGUUUUAAUUGAUUUUACUAGUCUAUCCAUGUAAUUUACCACUAAUAUAGAGUAUAUAUAUAAAUAUAUAAUAUAUGUAAUUAAAAUAAUUUUUAGCGUAUAAGUCGUGGAAGCAUUGCGAAGGCAGUUUCUGCCUCUGAUUUACCUCAGCAAUGCCCGAGAUAUUUUUUCAUUGACUACUGUAACAGCUUAAUCAGUGUGUAACAUGGACAGUAACACUUAUUAGUUCGCUAACAAGCUAAUUUGAUAUUAAUCAUUUUAGUAAAAUUAUUCUUUAAUGUUUAUUUUCACCUCACAAAACUACAAUAAUUGUUUUUAGAUUUAACUUAAAAGUUACAUCUUUAAAAUAAAAUACAUAAUAUUCUUGUAUUAUCGUAUUUCGAAUUUAAUAAUUUAUUUCUUCCUUAUGUUGUUGUGAUUGAGCUUACAAAGAUUGUACUAAGGCUACAUGAAUCAAUUAAUAAACUGUUUAGUAUUCAAA